AUAGGAGCUGGCCCGAUGCCUCGGGGGAUCAAGCGUAUAGGAGCCACUGGUAUGCCAUUCCCUUUCAGCCGGGAAGCGCUAGCUGGCGCAAGGUGUGCGGCUCUCUGUUUUGGCUUUGGGUCGUCUAGAACCACCAGUACAACGGCCGUGGCAAAAGCAUUACCGCCGCCGCACCUGAGAGAUCUUUCGAGGCCUAAAAACCCGAAUCUGGCGACCAUAGUAUAUACCAUGCUCUCUUCCUCCCCCUUCCACUUCCGCUUCCACUCCCACUCCCACUCCCACUCCCACUCCCCCUUCCCCUACCCCUCUCCUCCCUCGCCCGUGAUUGCGAACCUACCCAGUCUCCCCCGUGUCCCCCCCUACGGCGGCGGCGGAGGUUGUAGGCCGCUGCAGCCGCCGCUGGUGUCUUACAUCCCCUCCCUUGGUGCGCUUGUCCCCUUCCCUGAGAAGAAGCCUUGCUGCGUCCUUCCGGCAGAUGCCGCGGCGUCCAUCGAGAGCAGACAGGGAGCGUGGAGAGGGGAACACGAGGAGGAUGAGGAGGAUGCGCUGCCGUCGGGGCUGCGGCGGGAAUGGCUGCCGAGGCACGUGGCGGUGAUCAUGGACGGCAACUCCCGGUGGGCAAAGGCCAGGAGCCUGCCCACCUCGGCGGGCCACGAGGCCGGCUACAAGGCCCUCCGGGAGAUGCUCCGCCUCUCCUGCGCAUGGGGGAUUCGAGUCCUCACAGUCUUCGCCUUCUCCUCCGAGAACUGGCUCCGACCCAAGGCAGAGGUGGAUUUCCUGAUGAUGCUGUUUGAAAGGAUUCUUAGGGAGAACAUCGGGAAUUUCUUGAGAGAAAGCAUUCGGGUACGCAUAAUUGGUGAUUCCUCAAAGCUCCCAUUUGCUCUACAAAAGUUGGCCAAAGAGGUAGAGGAGAUGUCAAGGAACAACUCGCGAAUUGAAUUGGUUGUGGCAGUCAGCUACAGUGGACGAGGAGACAUAGCACAAGCAUGCCAAAAGAUUUCACAGAAGGUAAAGCAUGGGCUGCUAGAACCAGAAGAGAUUACUGAAUCACUUAUCGCACAAGAAUUGGAAACAACGAGUAUUGAAUUUCCAUGCCCCGACCUACUUAUCCGAACUAGUGGUGAGGCAAGGUUGAGCAACUUCUUACUGUGGCAAUCAGCAUACUCUGAGCUUUUCUUCACAAAGACAUAUUGGCCUGAUUUUGGGGAGGCUGACUAUGUUGAAGCCCUAUUCUCUUUCCAGAAAAGGCAGAGGCGCUUUGGUCAGCGUAUUACCUAGAAUGGUGAAAAUUGUGAAUCUCUUAAUGUUUCUUUUGGCACGUGCAUAAUACUGAGUAUUUGUUGGCUAUUAAGAUUUGUAUGUUAAAUCUGACUAGUAACUUGUUUGGUGCUUUUGCGGAGCACCUUAUUGUGGUCAUAAGCAGGCUUAUCGCUGCCUCUGCGUAAGACAUCAUAUACACAGGCAUGUAUUCUGGAGGAUAUCUCUCUCCGUGCCUGAUCAAACUGUCAUUUGGUCUUAUUUUUAGUCUGCUAGAACGUGUCAAACUAUCAAUGAAAGUCCCGUUGUUGAUUCAGUCAUUGCUGGACUAUCAAAAGAAUUGUCAGACGUAUAUUAUUAAUUCAAAGUACCUGUGGAGGGUUGAAAGAAACUUCGACUGAUGCACAUAUGUUCCUGUUACUGCUAGUGAAGUUCUGACAACUUUUUCAUUGCUGGUGAUGCACGUUCCCUUUGUUGCGUAGCCACCAUAAAUUGAAGGUAAUGCCUGCCUCUGUUUAUAUGACAGUGCUACUACUGCUUGGCUCUAUUGGAGGCGGCAAGUGUAAUAUCUCCAUUCUGGUGUGUUUUAAUUAAUGAGCUAGCUAGAAUUAUGGAAAUACUGGGUACCAUAUGCCAGAUUGUAUUUGGAGAUCUCACUAUAUCUAAUAGGUUGAAGACAGAUUUAUGUUUUAUUAGA